AUGCUUCAAUAUCUCACGCUUCUUUCUCUUCUUCUUCUUCAGUUCUAUGUCUAUUAUUCGGAAGCAUUUCUUUUUCCCGGGCUUCCAGGCUUGGGUGGCGGCGGUGGCGGAUUUUAUUUACCGAAACCACAACCGCCACAAGCUGCGCAGCCACAACAGCCACAGCAACAACCACAGCAACCACCGCUGAACAAGAAUUAA